UGGAGCGCGAAUCUGUAAAAGCAUGGCGGAGAAACAACAGAAAAAGCGGCCCCUAUCACCAUCCGUAGAAAAUGAGAUUAAUAAAUAUCAAUGUGCAGUUAAGUUGCCGAAAACCGGACACGAAACGCUUGUUGACCAAACACCGAAAAUGGAUGAAAACAUCGCAGCCGAUCUGUGCUUCUCAGAUUUUGAGGAUGAUUGGGCCGAUAUCGCGGACGAUUGCCAACAGGAACAACAACAAUACACCUUGGAUCUCACGAAAUGGAAACGAUGCCAGGUGUUGGCUGUAGAGCGAGGCGACAAACAAAAUUUGACCGUCACGUUAGAAGACAAGAAAAGUAAAGAAAGAGCGAAAUGUUGUUUGCUACCUCCGUGGAACACUAUCGAACAUAUCGUUCCGGGACUUAUAGUUUCGGUGCUGGCUGUGAAGAGUCAGAAUCAAUUCGUCGUCGACGCCAACGAUGGUAUGUUUAUUACGAAUCCCGAUUUGCUCGUAUCGGGAACCACGGUCGUGGGUUCGCUAUUCUGCUCCAGGCGUGGCGUUUUGCAGCAAAAUUUUCGACUGGUAGACACGGAGAAUCGAGAGAUGCACAUCGGUACACUGGUUCACUCUGUUUUUCAACAAUGUCUCACGGACAAUAACUGUUGCUCACUGGAAGAUAUCAGACGCAUCGCCGAUAGCUGGAUCAAAUCGCCAAACAUGGUAUCGACUUUGUAUGCAUACGGCAUUAGCUCUGAUGAUGCAUUGACCGCGAUGAGUCCCUACUUCGAAGAGAUUGAUAAAUUCCUUCGCAAAUACCUCAUCAAUAAGGACAAAAGACGAGAAAUAGCCGUGGAGCCCGAGUUUAAAAUACAGUCCAUCCAGGAUAUUGAAGAGAACAUCUGGUGCCAUCAGCUUGGGAUCAAGGGUAAGAUCGAUGUUACCGUAUCGGUGGUGCGUAGCGAUGGGAAGGGCGAUCCGGUGCCAGAGAUAAUGCCUCUUGAGUUAAAAACCGGCCGCGCAAGCUAUUCAUUCGAGCACGUUGGACAAUUGGUGCUGUACGAAAUGAUGAUGAAUCUCGUCGGUCACCGGGUAGGAGGCGGACUGCUGUUGUAUCUGCGGGAAGGUAAAUGUACCAAAAAAGCCAGUGAUCGUAAUAUGCGGCGCGAUUUGAUUUUGCUACGCAACGAAGUUGCUCAUUAUUUCGAUCACUGGAUGAUACCGAACGAACGCGCUAGUAGAAGAAAGGACGAAGACAAAGCUCCUCUGGUUUUACCUUCAUUACCGGAACCAAUUAAUCAUGAGCGAGCUUGUCGUAAAUGCCCUUACAACACUAUUUGUAUCGUAAUGGCAAAACGAGAUCAAUUGGCGAAGGAAUUGCCAGCAAACCACGGACUGUCUGCUAUUGCAUCUGAAGCUUCCGGGCAUCUUAGCAACUUGCAUAUUGAUUAUUUCAUUCGAUGGACUGGCAUCAUCUACUUGGAGCAAAAAGCCAUGGCGAAAGAUUACUGUGCACGUGCCCUGUGGACCAAGGACCCACAGCGUCGUGCCGAAAAAGGAUGGUGUAUCGUCGCUCUUCAACUGAUUAGCCCUGUACGCAUGGUCGACGAUCGUUACUAUCACACAUUCACUAUGAGUGAGGACCCGGAAUCUUUGCACAAACGACCUGCUAAGGACGGGCUUCAAACAGGCGAUUACGUGAUUUGUAGUACAAACCAUCGGAUCGCAGUUGCUGCUGGCUAUAUCAUUAGCCGUGUAGGCCACGAGCUCGUCCUGUCCCUCGAGCGCAAUCUGAGUGUGCACUACGCUGGAGACACAUUUCACAUAGACCGUAGUGAAGGAUACAAAUCGACGGGAUUUAAUUUGUCCAAUCUUGCCAUGCUGCUAGCCAACACAGAUGAAGCAGAACGUUGUCGUAGAAUCAUUAUCGAGCGAGUGAAACCAACGUUUGCCGAAGGUAUACUUCCGAAAUCCUUAAUACCACGAGCGAAGGAAUUGUUGCAAAAUUUGAACCGUCACCAGAAGAUAGCUGUACUGAAGGCGGCGGCCACCGAAAGCUACUGUCUCCUGAAAGGAUUGCCAGGAACCGGGAAAACACAGACCAUCGUUGGCAUCAUCCGUAUUUUGUUUGCUCUCGGCAAAACCAUACUGCUUACGAGUAACACUCAUUCGGCGGUUGACAACGUCCUUAAACGGUUAGCAUCGCUCGAAGAGCUGAAGUUCAUUCGACUUGGCACUCUGGAACGCAUAGAUCCUGCGAUACGCUUUUCCUCGGCUGUUGUUAUGGCUGAGCAGUGCGAUACUCCGGAGAAACUGGCUAAACUUUAUGACGAAUUUAAAAUAGUUGCCGUUACGUGUCAGGGUGCAGCACAUCCGUUAAUAGCGCAACGGAAAUUCGACUACUGUAUCGUGGACGAAGCGACGCAGGUGUUCCAGAGCAGCAUUAUUCGGCCACUGUUACAGUGCAAGCGGUUUUUAUUGGUCGGUGAUCCAGAGCAACUUCCACCAGUGGUUAAAUCGAACGAAGCAAGAGCUGUCGGUGGUGAUGAAAGUUUGUUUCAUCGAUUGGACCAAGAAGGAGCAUACUGCAUAUUGCCGACCCAAUACCGUAUGAACCGAGUGCUGACGAAGCUGGCCAACGAUUUCACGUACGAUGGGAAGCUGGUGUGUGGUAAUGAUGUGGUGGCAAAUAAUACACUAAAGCUGCCACAGUUAUCGACAUUGCGCCAGAUGUAUGAAGUGGAGCGGUGGCUCUUGAAAACGAUAUCCAAUCAAAUUGAUCUAUCGGCAGUAGUGUUAGACACCGGUUACACUGGUCAGUUAAACGAUUCCUUCCAACUGUCCGAUGAUCAGCACUUUAACCUGGGACAUGAACGAAAUUCGAAGGGAUUUUUAAACUGCAUAAACUUGGCCGAGGUGGCGCUCACGAUCUACAUAUGUGGUGCACUGCUACGUGCCGGAGUGGACAGCAAAUCGAUUGGCAUUAUGGCACCGUUUCGGGCUCAGGUGGACCUUAUAAGGCAUCACAUGCAAGGAUUGUUACAGAAACAUAAAAGCACACGUUUGCCUCUUUCCGGUUCAGUUCAAUCGCCCAUCAAGCCAGAUAAAUCAAUGGAAGCGCAUUCGUUAGAUGAAUGUGACAUUGAAAUCAACACGGUCGACCAGUUCCAGGGAAAAGACAAAAAGCUUAUACUAUAUUCCUGUACAAAGACCGCCACGAUGGCGAGCGAUUCGGUGAAGCAAGAAGCUGAAGAUAUUGUUCAACCGUCCGCUAUGAACAGCAAUGAAAUUUUGUUCGAUAAGCGUCGUUUGACUGUAGCGAUCACCCGUGCACAGGUGAAGUUGAUCGUGUUAGGCGAUCGCCAGUGUCUGGAUGGGUACACUCCUUUUAGCAAGCUGUUCAAAGUUAUCCCUAAAAUAGGCCACGUGAAGCUCAUGGAUAAGAAAGACGGCUUCGAAUGGCACAAUCUGUUCGACUCUCUUCAUUCCCUUACCGACUGA